AUGGAGACCAUCACGAAGCGGGGUCAGUCGAUCCCGAGGCGCGACCGCGAGCCAGGCGACGGUGCUCAGGAUCCGUUCGGUCGCCCCGCGGAGAAACCCUACGAGAGGCGCUUCCGGGCGGAGGAUCCCCCGUUGCCCUCGUACUGGGAGUCGGGGACCAGGUUCAUGGAGCUCGGAGCGACGGCUCGGGCCGACGGGGACGAUGCAGAGGCCGCGAGGGUCUUUCAACUCGCCGCGGACACCCUCGGAAAGAAUCAUCCGAGGUACGCGGACGCCAUCGAGGCCCUCGCGGAGACCCGCGCGGCGCAGGGAAUGCUCGAAGACGCCCUGGCGCUGGGCCAGGAGGCGUUGGCGAUGCUUCGCGUCUCCAAGGGGGAGAACAACCCGAGGGUGGCGGAGGCGCUCCUGAAGGUGUCGGCGGCGCACGAGGCGCUGGGAGACACGCGAGCGGCGCUGGAUACCGCGGCGGAGGCGACGAACGUCGCCGCGAUGAGCGGGAGGAGCUCGAGGCUCUACGUCCGCGCUCUUGAACGAGCCGUCUCGCUGGGACCAAACGACGAGAGGGUGGACGCGGAGCGGACUCAGCGGCGGAUCCUCGUGGACGCGAUGGUCCCGAGGCCGCCCGUGAACGGAUACCCGGGCGUGGCGGAUUAGUAG